CUGCAUUUCGUCUUCCCUACCACACUAUCUACUUCACCUGCAUCUUCCGUUCGCGCUCCACAAUCCACUGAAACGAUGGCUUCCGAUUCCGCGCUCCACGAAGCAGACAGAGCGGUGGACGGCGCACUUGGGUACCCGAAAUCAUACGCCAAAUGUUGCAGAGAUGGCGGCGUCGGCAUUUUCAACCAGGGCCCUCCUCUUACCUUCACUCCCUACUACCCAAUUCACCACCACCAGAUUGAAAGAGCAAGAGAUUUGGAACAAAUGUUUCCAGUUGUCGAUCCGAAGGCUAAAGCUACAGCGAAGCCUAAAAUCUUUGUCAGCUUGCUGUGGAAGCAGCUCAAUCAUCUUGGGAACGCUGGAUUUGAUCCGGAGACAAUCCGAGUCGACCAGUAUGGAAAUGUUCUGUAUUUCCAUGCCGACAAGGCUUCUCCUCUCUAUUGGGACAUCGACCACUGGUUUCCUUGCUCAAGAGGAGGACUGACAGUUCCGAGCAAUCUGAGGAUCCUGCAAUGGCAAGUGUGCAGAAGGAAGCAUAACAAGCUCGAAUUUCAAGUUCCCUGGUGGGAUCUGCAGUUAGGAAUCUCUGUAAACCAGUUCUUAUCCAUCUUCGCGUCCUCCAAUUCAGAUUUUAAGAAGAGAGGGUUUUCGUUUCUGUUCCUCGAAGGCGAGAAUGAAGAGCUGAACUCCUCACAAACUGUUGAUUCACAUUCCUUCCCGCACCAUUUCUCCGAAUCCAAGCACGAGCUUGGCCUUGCUCCGGCUGCCAUCGUCGUCACUAGAAGAAGAGGAGAGACACAGGAUAUGGUGUUGAAGUCUUUAGACCAUAACAAACAGAUUAGACCGUAUUCUCCCAUAGUUGCUUCAAAGAAGGGAGGUGGGCUGAAAGAGAACGAUGACCCUGAAUUUGCUCUGAAUCCAUACCAAGCGAUAGUGAAGGCAAGAGAUUCCCUGAAGCAGAGAGAAGAGGCUCAGAAGCUAGAGGCAGAGAUACGAAACUUGGAUGGUGAAGUUGAUGAGUUAAUGAGAGGGAAUGAGACUGAAAAGCUUUUGAUUCAAGACCUGGAAUUGGAAUUGACUAAGCGUAGGAGAAGGGCAGAGAAGUGCAGGCGGCUAGCGGAGGCACAAUCUUCUUACAGGACAAUGCUAGAGAAGAUGAUCAGAGAUGCUAUGCACCAGAGUGUGGUGUACAAGGAACAAGUGAGGCUGAAUCAAGCAGCGACGAGUGCUUUAAUGGCAAGGUUAGAGGCGCAGAAGGCGAUCUGUGAUGCAUCCGAAAAGGAGCUUCACAAGAAGUUCAGGCAAAGGGAUGAGCUUGAGAAGGAGAUAAGGCAUGGAUGGGAGGAAGACCAACAAGCCAGGAAGAGAUUGAGAGUAGAUGAUGUUGAUGAUGAAGAAGAACAAGAGGUUGAUGAUUUUGUUCAUAGCAAAGCUAUUGGUUAUGUAGAGGAUAAGGUAAAAGAAGAAGUUGAUGAUGAGCAUGACAGGUUAGUUUCUGAGUUGGAGAGCCAAGUGUUAAUUGAGGAGAAGCUUCAAGCUCUCGAGAUCGACGAGGAGGAAAAGAAGCAGCCCAAGGAAGAGGAGGAGAAGGUGGCUACUAAGUUGCCGAUGAUUCGAGGAAAAGAAAGGGAGGAUGUCGAAGUUGAAGAAGAUUCGGAAAGGAAGAACCAAAGGGGGAAGGGAAAUGUAGACAAGUGGCUGCAAUUGCUGCUGGAGGGCAGCGCUUUCGUUGAAGAAGACUUUGAACCAGAAAAAGCUGCACCUCCACCACCCUACAGGAGAAGCAGCAUCAGUACAACUGAAGACAUAAUCACAAAACUGAACGACAAGUUCCCACAGAGAGAGCCAAAACAGCAUCGCCAUGGAGAAGCAGGUGAGAAACUGAUUGUUGCAAGGAAUGAGAACUUUGACAAGGGAAAGCAGGAGAAGAAAAAAGGACUCGUAAGAUCUGAGAGCGCCAAGACAUUGAGAAGGAUCCCAUCAUCUCCAUCGUUGUUGAUAUCGAGUGUGAGAAAAGGUGUUGAAUCCAUGCUGAAGAAGAAGAAAUCAAUACGGUGAGGCAAGUUGGUGAUGAAAAUGUGGGAGAGAAAGGCUUCUUUUCUUGCUUUCGUGGAUGGCAGAAGUCUAAUGGUGUAUUAGUUGCUUACUGGCAUUUGUGUGUGUGCUUAUCUAUAGUUAAUUCUUUCUGAUUCUUUAGUAAGCUUUCUAUAAGGGGUAGACUGAAUAAUCGGCGUGUCUGUGUAUGUUCGUGUUCUUGAGUGAGUGCUUUGUUGUACUGCUGAAAUUGAUAACAGCUUGUUGUGUGAUACUUUGUUUGAGAGAGACCACUAAAACAUUGUAAUAUAUAUAAUAUCUGUUU